UGAUGUGAAAUGAUGAAAAGUGCAAAGAACUUUUUGAUUGUAAAGUGUUUAAAACCGUUUAUUUACCAGUGAACUGUAAAGAUUAUAUCCCAACAAAGAACUUACUUCAACAGCCAGCUAUGUACAUCCUAAAACCGUAAAAAAUAACUUUUUUCACUACUUUUAUUUGGUCGAUAACAUAAUCCACCAAAAUGAUUGUUUUUCCUCCAGUUGCGAUGAAAUAUUUAUGUAGAAAAGUGUUUCAGAAGCCUAUUCAUAUGAAACACCUGCAUACAGUAUGUUUUGGCAGCCCAGACAUCUUUCCGAAACAUUUAGAAUCAUCAUUAAACUUAUGCUAUAAAACUGGUCAUGCAUACAAUAUCUUGUGGAGAAGCAUCAACACCUGCUCAAGUCUUAACGAGAAGAGCAAGACAAGUGAAAAUGUCCCUGCAGCAGAGGAAAACAGCUCGAAAACCAUUGUGAAGAAAACUAGUAGUGGCUCCAUAGCUGUUAAAACUGAGGUAGACAGUCAGCAGCAAGUGACUAAAGUCACUAUAGAAAGAGCUACAAAAGAUGCCUCUUCAGAGCAAAAACUUCCGGUGCCACCUGCCAAGAAGCGUCUGCUGAUAGAUUUCUCAGCGUCCUACACGGAGCGCAACUUCAUCACCCCCAUGCGAGCCAUGACAGAGUAUUUGCUGAAACAAUCAGAUCUAGAGACUCUACCAAAAGUACUAAGGAGAUCUCCGUAUGAAUCAGCUCCACCUAUUACUGUAUACUACAGGAAAGAUGUAGAAGCUAAAGCUAUAGAGAUUUGGGGUUCUAGAGAUGCUUUAGAAAAAGAGUUACUUAGAAGAGAACUAGAUAGGAGAAGAUAUGAACAGGAUGUUUUUACUGUGAAAAGGAGGUUGAGGACUUACAGAAGAGAAAUGGGUCAGAAGGAGGAGGAACUCGGCUUGAGAACAAGGUCUGGGAGGGUAGUUCUAACUGCUGUGGCUAUAAACGGGUGUAACUUUGUAUUCAAGCUGUGUGCUUGGUGCUACACUGGAUCCCACAGUUUGUUCUCUGAAUGCAUCCACUCCUUGGCCGAUACAGUCAACCAGCUCAUAUUAGCAUAUGGAAUACACAAAUCUGUACAGAUGGCGGACCCGGACCACCCGUACGGCUACACCAACAUGCGCUACGUGUCGUCGCUGAUAUCGGGCGUGGGCAUCUUCUGCGUGGGCAGCGGCCUGUCGUUCUACCACGGCGUCACCGGCAUCCUGGACCCGCAGCCCAUGCAGGACUUCUACUGGGCCUACUUCGUGCUGGGCGGUGCGGUGGUGUCGGAGGGCGCUACACUGAUGGUCGCUCUGAACGCCAUCAGGAAAGGUGCAAAAGAAGCCAACAUGACCUUGUAUGACUAUGUGAAACGCAGCUCCGACCCGUCCGUCAACGUGGUCCUCCUCGAAGACACGGCAGCAGUGGCGGGCGUGGUGGUGGCCGCGUCGUGCAUGGCGUUGUCACAGUGGACCGGGUCGCCGCUGUACGACGCGUGCGGCUGCCUGCUGGUGGGCUCGCUGCUCGGCGGCGUGGCCAGCUUCAUCAUCCUGUCCAAUGUGGGCGCGCUGGUGGGCAGAUCGAUUCCUCAAGAGCAGUUGGACGAAAUCAACAGCGUGUUAGAACGGGACUUUAUGAUUCGCGCCAUUCACGAUGUUAAGGGCAUAGAUAUUGGAAGCAAUCUAAUAAGAUAUAAGGCUGAAGUAGAUUUUGACGGCAGAGCGCUCACAAGAUCGUAUUUAGAGAAACACGAUUUAAAUAUGUUAUUAGAGGAUAUAAGGAAGGUGCAGUCGAUAGACGACGUGGAGGCGUUCCUGCUGAAGCACGGCGAGAACAUCGUGGACAUGCUCGGGGGGGAGAUAGACAGGAUAGAACUCAAACUACGGAAAAAGUUCCCUCAAAUACGUCACUGCGAUUUAGAGAUUCUGUAAGGACACUACCUCUAUACCGGCCACAGUCUUAUUUUAUCAGAAACUGAUGGAUUUAAAGACAGUAAUUGCUUACCACCUGCGGGUUUGUUAUUUCGUGAGACAAUAAUCAUAAUGACAGAUAGCGCGUUUCUAAGUCAAUGCGUUGGUAUUUUUUGGUGAAAAUCUAGUGUUAUUAGAUAUAACUGUUUAGUGCUUGUAAGAAAUUUGAAUACUAUAGGUCUUGCUGUGUUGUAAACGCAAAUGGUGACUCACCUAGUCUUAGCUUCAAUGUCUUGUACCUUCUUCAAUAUCUAGGUCCAUCUAGGGGUCUGCUGAAUGCUUUAGAUUAGAUAGACUCUAUAUUGGUAACUUGAUGUUAUUGUUGAAUAAUAUGUUUCUUGAAGACUGUUUAAAUAUUUGAAUAUUGGGGACUGUCAUACCUAUCAGCAUGCAAGCAAUUUCUACAUAAUGAGGUAUUAGUAGAAUAUGAGCUAGUUCGUAUUUCGUACUCGAACCCAAGAUUGACAUGGUAAAUAGUUCUUGAUGUAAUUUUGUUAUUUAUACCUACUAGAGAUCUUGUACAGUGUUAAUAUUA